AUGUUUAGUAGGUCCACGCUCUGCUUAAAAACGUCUGCAUCUUCCAUCGGGAGACUGCAACUGAGAUACUUUUCGCACCUUCCUAUGACGGUGCCUAUCAAGCUUCCAAAUGGAUUGGAAUAUGAACAACCAACAGGGUUGUUUAUCAAUAACAAGUUCGUUCCAUCGAAGCAGAACAAGACCUUCGAAGUCAUAAACCCUUCCACAGAAGAAGAAAUAUGUCACAUUUAUGAAGGUAGGGAAGAUGAUGUGGAAGAGGCCGUGCAGGCUGCCGACCGCGCCUUCACCAAUGGGUCCUGGUCAGGUAUUGAUCCUCUGAACAGGGGUAAGGCGUUGUACAGAUUGGCCGAAUUAAUUGAACAAGACAAGGAUGUCAUUGCUUCCAUUGAAACCUUGGACAAUGGUAAGGCUAUCUCAUCUGCCAGAGGCGAUGUCGAGUUAGUUAUCAACUACCUGAAGUCCUCUGCUGGCUUUGCUGAUAAAAUUGACGGUAGAAUGAUCGAUACUGGCAGAACACAUUUCUCAUACACUAAGAGACAACCACUGGGUGUUUGUGGGCAAAUUAUUCCUUGGAAUUUCCCAUUAUUGAUGUGGGCUUGGAAAAUCGCUCCCGCCUUGGUCACCGGUAACACCGUGGUGUUGAAAACUGCUGAAUCCACUCCAUUGUCCGCUCUGUACGUAUCCAAAUACAUACCUCAAGCAGGUAUUCCACCAGGUGUGGUCAACAUCGUGUCUGGGUUUGGUAAGAUCGUAGGUGAAGCCAUUACGAACCACCCAAAGAUCAAGAAGGUUGCCUUCACAGGGUCCACGGCUACGGGUAGACACAUUUAUCAAUCCGCAGCCGCAGGUCUGAAAAAAGUAACAUUAGAACUGGGUGGUAAAUCACCAAACAUUGUCUUCGCGGAUGCCGAAUUGAAAAAAGCCGUGCAAAACAUCAUUCUUGGUAUCUAUUACAAUUCUGGUGAAGUCUGCUGUGCGGGUUCAAGAGUGUACGUGGAGGAAUCUAUUUACGAUAAGUUCAUUGAGGAGUUCAAGGCUGCCUCCGAAUCCAUCAAAGUGGGUGACCCGUUCGAUGAAUCUACUUUCCAAGGUGCACAGACUUCUCAAAUGCAAUUAAACAAAAUUCUAAAAUACGUUGACAUCGGUAAGGGUGAAGGUGCCACCUUGAUUACCGGUGGUGAAAGAUUAGGCAGUAAGGGUUACUUCAUUAAGCCAACUGUUUUCGGUGAUGUUAAGGAAGACAUGAGAAUUGUCAAGGAGGAAAUCUUUGGUCCUGUUGUCACUGUUACCAAAUUCAAAUCUACAGAUGAGGUCAUUAACAUGGCAAACGACUCUGAAUAUGGGUUGGCUGCUGGUAUUCACACAUCUAAUAUCAACACCGCCUUAAAAGUGGCUGAUAGAGUAAAUGCAGGUACCGUUUGGAUAAACACUUAUAACGAUUUUCACCAUGCAGUUCCUUUCGGUGGGUUCAAUGCAUCUGGUUUGGGCAGGGAAAUGUCUGUUGACGCUUUACAGAACUAUUUGCAAGUUAAAGCCGUCCGUGCCAAGUUAGAAGAGUAG